AUGUACAUGGACCCCGCGCGCUUGCGGGUCGUGUCCUCCAAGGAGAGCGGGGAAAGUGGGGAAGCGCUGCGAGGGCAGUGGUUGUCCUUGUUCCGCGCAUCAGCCCCUUAUGUGGCAAUGUUUCAGCAAAGCAUCAUGGUUUUUCACAUCCCUGGGCACCUGCUGCAAAACGCAGCUGAGCUGGAGGGCCUCAUGAGCGAUAUUGCACUUUGUGCCUUGCUGGGCGUGCGGCCCGUGCUGGUGCCGUCACUCACGCAGAGAGUUCUUGCGCGGCUUGGACAUGAGGUUUCGACCUCGUCGCAGGAGUUGCAGGCCCUGUGUGGCAUUGCCGAAGCUUCCUUGGAUGAUGUGACCCGUUUCAUGAAACAGGAAGCGGGCAUGCUUUGUGCAGAGGUUCAGGAUGUUUGCCUUCGAGUUGCAGCGAAGCCCACGGGAAACUUCAUUACUCGCAAGAGUACUUCUGUCUUCGCCAGCUCCCAGCUGCUGUCCACAGCUCCUCGGAAGGCCACCGGAUCGGAAAGCAGUCCUCUCCUGGGCCGUGUGAUUGAGAUAGACACCGCGCAAAUCCACCGCCGCCUACAAGAGGACGACAUCGUUUGCGUCCUCCCUGUCGGCGCAGGGUCACUGCUAGGAACCGGUAGCCAGCUCCGCUACGUCCCGUCAGAGGAACUCGCAGCUCAGGUGGCCAAAGAGCUUAAAGCCACCAAGCUGAUCUUCUUCACCCGGGGCCAGAGGCUUAUGGACACUGCCCGAGGGAAUGUGAUUCCCACAAUGCAGCUGGGGGAAGCGGACAGGCUGCUGGAGUAUGCGAAAACCAGCAGCAGUUUUAUGGAAAAGGAAGAAUCGCGAGAGGUCAUCUUCUACUUGGAGCUGCUCCUGCAAGCACUUCGCAGCGGCACACGCCGGGCUCAUCUGAUCGACCCACGACGUGGCGCUCUGCUUCAGGAGCUGUACACCACGGAUGGAAGUGGGACAAUGAUCUCGCUGGAUCUCUACGACGGUAUCAGGCUGGCGAGAUCGGGUGAUGUCUCCGGUAUUCUCGAACUCAUUGAGCCCCUGGUGAGGAGGGGGCUACUCAGACGGCGCAAUACCUACGAGGUGGAGCGUGCAUGCAACAAUCAAGAGAUGUUCGUGUGGAAGCGCGAUGACAAGUUUGUUGGCUGCGCCAGCCUUCAGCAAUUUGGUGAUGCACCGGGCAAAGCAGAGCUGGGCUGCUUCGUCAUUUCACCACUCUGCCGAGGAAAAGGCCACGGCGCUGUGCUCCUCUCAUACGUUGAACAGGUCGCUAGGCUGCUCGGCGUGCAGCAGCUGUUCCUCCUGACCACGCAAACAAUGCAGUGGUUUGUGGAGCGCGGCUUUCAGAAUGCUCCAGUGGAAGAGCUUCCACCAGGCAAGCGCGAGGGCUACGAUCUCGGAAGGUCUUCAAAGGUGUUUAUCAAGAACAUUUCAGACUUGCCAAGUGAGCUGCAGCAACGUUUCACCUUCGUAGAAGUAGAUACUUUAGAUUGA